CAUCAUGUCGUCUGAUGAUGGAAAGCUUUUUAUCGGUGGCCUUAGCUUCGACACAAACGAGCAGAGCCUAGAAGAAGUAUUCUGUAAACACGGACCGAUCGCUGAAGUGGUUGUGGUGAAAGAUCGGGAAACCAAAAGAUCUCGUGGAUUUGGUUUUGUUACAUUUGAGAAUCCUGACGAUGCAAAGGAUGCAAUGCAGGCAAUGAAUGGAAUGUCUGUGGAUGGGCGUCAGAUUCGAGUUGAUCAAGCUGGAAAAUCCUCUGGUGACAGAAGAGGAGGCUUCAGAGGUGGCUCAUCUGGUGGAAGAGGACCUUUCCGUGGCGGAAGAGGUCGUGGUAGGGUGGUGACCGUGGUUAUGGAAGCAGUCGCUUUGACGGCAGCAGCAGGAGUGGAGGCUAUGGUGGUGGAUCCCGGGAUUAUUAUGGCAGUGGCAGGAGUCAAGGAAGUUAUGGUGAUCGGUCAGGAAGUUCCUACAGAGAAGGUUAUGACAGCUAUGCCUCACACGACUAAAAUACCUUCCUGACUCAAGAUCGUCCUUCCAAUGGCUGUAUUUAUAAAGAUUUUUGGAGCUUCGAUGAAUCCUUAUGUACUAUGUCAACUUGUGUUCACUUUUUUUAUAUACAUUUGGUUAAUCUAGACAGCCUCGCUGGUAAAAUAUGUAACAGCUGUUCAAAAGGAGUUAUCCUUGAGGCACGCUUAUGUUUACUCCCUUUUUUUGUUUCAUACUCGUAUACUGCUGUUCCAUUUAGGCUGCAGAUAUGUGAAGCUCUUAUUUGUAAAUGAGCAGAUUCAUGCUGCAGUAACUGGCUUUGCUCAGAAAAGAGUGACGCUUCUAUGUUUGCAUCCCUAUAAAUGGGCAUGCCUCCUACUGUAGCGUGGUCUUACUAGAUCGCUUGCUGUUAUGUAAAUAGUCAUGGGGUUUAAAACCCAUGAGCUUAUUUUGAGCUCUUGUUUUGAAAAUACCUUUUUAUAGUGACGAGGUAGAGCAGAGCCUGGGUGUGCUGCAGAUGACAGCUGUACCACCUUGAUAUAACUAAAGUGAACAAAUGGAUCUCUGUCACAAGACGUUCUUAAAAAUGUUUGUUUGUAUUGUCCGUUUUU